UCAAAACUACCCUAGGACAUUGGAAACAGACACCAUGAAAAUAACCCUCGUCUUUCUUUUCAUUGCCCCUUUUGCUAUUUCAAGUAACAUUGACAAGGACUACUCUUCCUUUGAUUCUGCACCUCCUGAGCCAAACUCAAGAUUUGCCAUGUUAGAUGAUGUGCGAAUUUUAGCUAAUGGGCUUCUCCAGCUUGGGCACGGCCUUAAAGACUUUGUCCACAAGACCAAGGGGCAAAUGAACGACAUCUUUCAAAAACUCAACAUUUUUGACAAGUCUUUUUAUGAGCUCUCACUGCAAACCAAUGAAAUCAAGGUAGAAGAAGAAGAGCUCAGAAAAACAACUUCCAGAUUGCAGGCCAACAAUGAAGAGAUAAGGAAUAUAUCCCUCGAGCUGAACUCAAAGAUUGAAGACCUAUUACAAGACAAGAUCCAGCUUCAAGAGAAAGUAGGGGGGCUGGAAGAGAAAGUAAUUAAAUUAGUCCACAUCCAGCCUAAAGUUCAAGAACCGAAAGAAAUGACUUCACUCAAAAAUUUUGUACAGCAACAGGACAACCACAUUAGGCAACUUCUCAAAGUUGUACAAGAACAGCAUGCACAACUUGAUAAACAGCACAAUCAAAUAAAGGAGCUGGAAGAGAAGCUAAGCAAUACAAGUUUCCAAGAAAACACAGAGAGUUCAUUUUCUCUGAAGCAAACUGAACCAAAGAUCAUUCCCCUUCCUUCACAUAAUUUCACAGCUCCAGUUCAGGAAUUCAAUGGUGUUGCUACUGAUUGCACUGCCCUUUAUAAGAGAGGUGAACGGACGAGUGGCAUUUACUCUAUUAAACCCAACGGCUCUGAAGCUUUUAAUGUCUAUUGUGAAAUGCAAUCUGACAGCUCAUGGACAGUCAUUCAAAACAGAGUUGAUGGAUCACUAGAUUUCAACCAAACCUGGGAGAGCUAUGCAAAUGGUUUUGGUGAUCUCAAGGGGGAAUUUUGGUUGGGACUAGCGAAGUUAUAUUCCAUUGCUAACCAAGCUGACUACAUUUUACGUAUUGAGCUGAAAGACUGGAAAGAUAAUAAACGUUACGUCGAGUACACAUUCACCCUGGGAAGCCCAGAAACAGACUACACACUUCAUCUUUCAGAGAUCUCAGGAAAUAUUCCCAACGCACUGCCUGAACAAACAAAACUGAGGUUCUCUAUGAUGGAUCAUGACAAUGCUACAAAGAGAGAUUUCAACUGUCCAGAAAGAUAUUCAGGUGGCUGGUGGCACAGAGCGUGUGGGGAAACCAAUCUGAAUGGAAAAUAUAUCAAACCAAGAUCAGAAGGAAAACUGGAAAGGAAACGAGGAAUAUCCUGGAAGCCUCAGAAAGGAAGAUUCUAUUUGAUCAAGUCAACCAAACUGAUGAUACAUCCUAUGGAUUUAGAAAGUUUUGAGUGAAACCUCAUUCUGAUGUGUUUAAUUGAACACAUAUUCACUGAACAUUAAACAUAACAUGAACUAAUAAUCAGGGCUGAAUGCCCAAAUACAAGGCAUUACAUAUAUUCCAUACUACUCAAUGAUACAACACGGAGGAGUCUGCUAUGGUCUUAUGGUAUAUUUUGAGAAUAUUAUUAUUUUUUCCAAUAUAAAUAUAUUUCAAGUUCAAAACUACGUAUGCAUCCCCACCUUUGAACACUAGUGCCUAGAAACUGGAUGUGUUUUUGAUAUUUUGGCAGACUGUAUUGCAUGUGGACAAGAAUUUUCAGGCCAAUGCAUUCGUUUCUGGAUUAUGUAGAGGAGAAUAUUCAAAAUGUUUCAAUAAAAAUAACAGACUGACAGAAUUCUACAGAAAACAUUUAAGUAUUAGUUUUGAAGAAAAAAAGAUUUUACUUUAUAAAGUAACUUACUUUCAUGUUAGACUCAAGUACUAUAGUCUUGGAAUGUGUCUAUGCAUGAAUGAAUUGGCAAAUAAUUCUGCAUUUUAUGGUACCAUGUAUUUAAAUGUGAACAUCCAGCUGUGCAUCUUGAGCCAGAUCUUCAUUGUUGUGCUCAUGCAACUAUAAAAGCAGCACAUCUGGAAAUCCAAAAUGUGAAACUAACCUUUUAUAUUAUACUUUGUAGAAUAAUUAUUAGGGCCUGAUCCAAAGACUGCCAUUAGUUUUUCGCAUGGAUUUCAAUGGGCUUUGAAUCAGGCCCUUAAAUUACCUUUUGGUAUUCCUUAUUUAUGGAAUCAACUGGUGGACAAAGUGCUGUGUAUGAAACAGACCGAUUGCCUUUAAUAUAAAUAGAAAUCAAUCCUGCAACCUGUACCUAUGCAAGAAAUCCCACUGAAGUCAAUGGUGCAACUCAACUAAUCACAUUGGUAAGGACUAUAAGAUCCUGCAGGACCUUCAGUCACAAUCCUGCAAACACAGAUUUGCAUAAAUUUACUCAAAGGAGGAACCCGCAAAGAUGGGACUAUUCACAUAUUUACGGUUAAGCGUGUAAGUGUUUGCAUGGUAGGAGCCGUAGAAUGUGAUUAUUUUGAGUCAUAUUGACUUUUGUAUCUUACCUAACAACUGUACUGUAUGAAUUUUGUAGCAUUUUAACAUCUGUAGCCAUUAAACCCCCCCCACCUUUUUAAACUAUAUUUUGUCAAAAUAAAAACAAGGUUGAAUAUAAUUAGCAAAUUUCAGAGAAACAAUGAACUAACUAAUUUAAUUAGAUGUCUGAUGCUGUUGAAAUGCACUCAUUACAAUCAAAGUAAGAUGCUCAAUCAAGAGAAACUGCACAUUUGUACCGAUGUACUGGAAAUGUUUAGUUGUUUGUAUGACACUUUAAAAAUCAAUAAAGAAGAUUUCCAAAAAGAAACUAAUAUGUACCAUGAAUAAAAGAAUUCUUAAAGGGUUAGUUUUCUGUGAGUUGG